GAGAAAACCCUCAUUAUGAAAGAUUUAUGAAAAAGAAGAGAGUCAAAAAUAAUAGUAAGCGAGGAUUAUUUCUCAAGUUUUGAGCCAAAUGUGGUUUUACCAAAGACGGUACAGGGUACUAACCAGUUGAUGAUUCCUACCGGAGCUAUUUUGUAGAGGACCCACAGGGAACUUUGUGGUUCGAAAUUUAUCAACGCAACAAGGUUUUUGUCAAUAAAGUGUGAUAAUGGCUGCAUCAGGUCCCAAUAAAGACAUCAGAGCUGGGUGCAAGAAAUGUGGUUAUCCGGGCCACCUGACAUUCGAGUGCCGUAACUUUGUGCGUGUGGACCCCCGGAAAGACAUUGUCCUGGACGUGAGCAGUACAAGCAGCGAAGAGAGUACGGAGGACGAGCAGGAGGAUCUGCCUAACGACAAGCUGGGCCGGGGAGGAAAAGACUCAAAAGGUUCCCAUGAGGACGCCAGGAAAGUUAAACACAAGAGGAGGAAAAGUAAAGACAGAAAGUCUGAAAGAAAGAGGUCCUUUUCAUCGAGUGACGAAGAGGGGAGCAAGAAGAGAAAGAAACACAAAAGCCACAAGAAAAAGGGCAAGAAGGAAAAGAAGGAUUGUCACAAGAAGAAGCAGAAGAAGAAACAUGAAUCUUCCUCAACUGACAGCUCCAGCAGGUCAUCUGACACUGAUUGAGAAGAUGGAACAUUUAGGGACAGAUUUACUGAGUAUUUGCACCUGUCAUUUUACAGAGGAAUCAAACUAAGACAUUAAAUUGUAU